AUGGACCUUGUCCUGGCUCGCCCACCCAGCGAUGUUACAGCUAUAUCGACUCAUCAGCAGCUGCAGAAANCGCAGAACACAAACAACUCGGACGUUGAUCUGGCCCGCGCACAGGAUUUGCUCGACCUCCAUGCCAACGUCAAGCUGGCUCAUCGCGAGGGUGUCGACCAUGCUUUGCUGCAAGCUCGUCAGCAAGUUGACAUGGCUUUGAGAACCGUGUAA